AUGGCUCCCGUUCCGGAAGCCUAUUUCCCGUCCCUGGACAAAUGCUUUUCUGGGGACGUCCAGCUUUUGUCAUGGAAGAGGGCGUUUCUCUAUGCCUGUAACCCAGACAGUUACCGCGACGACACCGGACUUCUCGACUCGUUUCUGUCACAUCCUGAAAGCAUCAAGCUUCUCUCAGAUCGCGAUGGUGUCUUUUCUGCCCCAUCCGCCAAGUCAAAAGCGGACUUCGAGACCAAAACAGCGGCGAUUCAUGCGGAAACAACUGCGCAAGCUUCCUAUGAUCUGAAGGAGAUCAAAGCGGACGCUCUCUGGCUGAGUGACAAAGCUGGGAUCGACGAGGUCAAUGCGCUGCGGAUUACGAUCUUGGAAUGGCAAAAUCGGCCAGCAACGCGCCUUCUUGAAAGAUUCGCCGACGAGGAAACUACAAGUCUGAAGGAAGCCGCUGGAAUUGAUAUCUUUCGCGUGUCGCUCGCAGGUCCAAGUUUUGCCGAGAUUUUCAACACCAACUCAGCCGAAGGAAGCAAUGCGGACUUUGCCUCAGAGAAGAAUAGGCGCCUGCGGCUCCGUGAGCUCUAUUUAUCUGAACGAAGCCAUAUUGUCAAGACCGCCCGCAAGCUUGUAGCCUUGUUUUUGGAUAACGAUGAUCAGCAACGCAACUCGGGCAGUCGCACUAGCUUGAGCGAACUCGGAGCAUCUAUUUUCAAAGGGGAAAUACAAGGAAGGAAUGGGCACGCAUUUACUCAAGGAUGCAUCGAGGCUGUAAAGGCGCGGCUGUCGGCUCUCGAAGGCGAUGGUGGCUGGCUGCGCGCCUCUGAGAGCACUGAGAUAAUUGAGAAUCUAUGGAGGACAACUCUAGUGGAGGAAGUAUCCCAGAUACUUCAGAUUUUGUUCCUUCAGCUUCAGACGUCAUUCGAAAUCCCCUCGGCUGACCUCAUCCUGAAAUGGCUCCGCCUCAUGAUCGACUACGUCUUUCUUGAGUCCCUCCAAGUUCCCUGCGAGAAUCCAGUAGAGGUACUUUUACCUCUUCAGGGAUUUGUGUGUUUAAUCACACUAACAUUUUUGAAACUGCCGCUGUCGAUUCCUGCAAUCAUCAGCAAAUCUCAACAAAAGAAUGCGUCCGCCAAAUCAGCUUAUUACCUAUCCAAGGACGAUAUUGGCCAGAUAAACGAGCUAUUCACAACAGCCGGAAUUGAGUCGAAGACUGCAAGUCCAGCAGCGUUUUCCUGGGGGCUUGUCCUGCAUACCAUGGGGGAACUGGCUCAUAAUGAUAAAGAGACUCGGGAGCUCGAGCAAUUCCAUAGCGCCGUGGAUUCGUUCCAGUCGAACACGCCGCAUGCAACUGCUGGAAGACCGGCUGAAAUAUCUCUUUAUGAAGAAUUGCUCGAACUAGCAUGCACAGCCAAACAUACCGUCGAGGAUUCCAUCGCCAUCCUCACCUCAGAUGCGAUCAAGAGCAUUGUGUUUGACACGAUUGUAUCGCUAGCCCAAAAUAUCGGUCCCACGUCAGCUAUUGAUGAUCUAGUGACUGACCGGUUAGUGCGCGCAUCACUUCUUGACCUUGUUCGGUCCAUGACAAUAUACAUGGACUAUUCGCCCGAAAUUGUUGCAUCAGUCUUGGCUAUUCUGGCUGGGCCACCUCAAGACUCGUUGUGGCCCUUGAAUACUUCGCCAGUAUCCACAAGCGAUCCACGGGCCACUUUUAUCCAAGACGACACUCUCAUGACCAAUAUCUUCCGAAUAGCGCGCUCACGUUUUCCAUACGAAACCGUACCAUUUCUGAAGCUAUGCCGUGCUCUCCUCACCAGUGAAGCACUCAAUGAGGAGGGGUUGCCUGAGAUCUUGAACGAGUUGGAAAACAUGGACUCAUUCACGCAGGUUGUGCCAGACCACUUCCAGGGUUACGAGACUAUACGAGAGGACGAAGACGCGAACUUGGUCAGUCUCACUCGGCCACUUCCAAUGAUAGACUCGACCCCCCGAAGACAGACACAGAAACACCAAGUGAGUAGCAAUGCUCUCAUAGUUACUGCUUCCUCUCAGCUCCCAUCGACAACAGUGGGCCAAGUGGUCUCAGAUUCCAGGCCUGCAGUGGUCAUGUGGCAACAUCGGUACUCCUGUUUAAGCUACCUAGGGAGCUGGCUGGAGGAAUGGAACGAGAAUGGGGGCUUUGCAGAAGACUUUGGAGACGACUGUGUUGCCGAAACGAUUUGGUUGUUCACAGAACUUCUUCUCGCGACAACGAGAAAUAAACAACGGAACGACGAGGGUUUCGCCGCCAAGAGGAUACUUGAACUGGCCAGCGAUGGGCUUUCUCGUCAGACCGAUAUUGUUUCUCUAAUAUUCGACAUCUUUGAGCGCAACCUACAGGAUGUCAGUGCUAGAUCCGGCUCGGAGGGUGUAGUUGAUUCAACGAUAGCCUGUCUGCACUUUAUUCGGGCCCUCAUCGUGGUCCUUCCAAACAGAGUCUGGCCAUUCCUGUCCCGGAGUAGCCUACUGGGAACCGAUGGCAAAGGUGGUAUGAUGACUGCCAUAAUAUCUGCUACAGAGGUGACUUCUGGGGAUUAUCCCUUUUUGAUGGCCUCUGUACGAUUAUUUGAAGCUGUUACUGAGGACGCAAUCUCGCGUGCAGUCCUGAGGCGUUGCCUGCACGGCAAAGCAGGAGUUGUUUCCGAUUGGACUUCAGGGGUUCCGUCUCAUAUUAUGAGAAAUAUCCUUCUCAACCUGGUUCGAACAAUGAUCGAAGUGUACAACAGCAACGGCAACUGGCGGUUCAAUACCCCGGAGCGGAAGUUCGAGAUAAAUACUCCCAUUGCCAAGACUCUCGAGAGGAUAUUGUACUAUGCAUUUGGCACAAAUGACACCGGAAUUGACAAGUUAGAUUCGAAGAUCACGGGAAUCUUCUCCUCUUCAGCGACUUACAUUCUGGAUGCCCUUCGGCCACAGUCGGAGGCAGAUUUGCCUUUCAACCCUAUCCUUCGACUAAUCAUCGACGGCCUCCAAACCCCUCCUACAUUGCUCCUCCGGUUCUUGACCUUGGUGGAGAAGCAAGUGAUCUCCACCUUGGAACUCUCUUCGCGACUGCUACAAGCAGCUCAAAUCACCGGACAGCCACCAUCCUUGCUAGAGGAUCAGCUGUUUAAAGCCACCCCAGUCCUCGUGAAGUUAUAUGCUCUCCAUGAUCCCUAUCAACUACCCACCCUAUCACUCCUAAACACUCUAGUAACCGGCGCUGCGCUAGACAGCACAAAGGAACCGCCGUCGUUAGUCGGUCAUUUGGGCGCCGAAUCAUCCUGUCUCUUCCUUGACGUUCUAUCUCGACUUGACAAGCCUCUCAAUAACUCACACUUACAAUUGGCUAUAUGGCGCUUAUUGUCAAACCUAGUCAGCAAACGCCAACAAUGGCUAGCAGUCUAUAUCCUGACAGGGUCAUCUCCCCGUCAGUCCCUGAAGAAAACAGGUGCCAAGAAUGAUUCUGCUAUGAGAGGCACUCCUUUCUUACAAAUGGCACUCGACCAACUCUCGAAUAUUGAGCAGAUUCAGCCUCAAGUAUCUCUCUCGCUUCUCGACUUUGUUUCAAGCGCCCAAGAGCACUGGCCAUGGGCCACUCCGGAAUUGAGGAAACAUGCCACCUUCUUCAAUAGCCUAGUGAAUUAUGUCUCCAAGCUUGAUCUCUCGUCACUGUCUAGUGAUGAUCAGAUUUUCGCUACUCGCAUCGCCGCUGUUGUCGCCGAUCUCUGCGCAGUCUACCUGCAUUCUGCCAAAGAAUCGCACGAUCGGAAUUUUUACAAAACCUUGUUCCCACUCGUGUCUUGGUACGCGAAAGACGCCGUUGACGUUCCAGGAUACAAUGCAUCCCUGCACGCCAAUUUGAAAAGGAAUUUCGAGGCCCGGUAUUCUGGCUGUAAACUUGACGAUUUUAAGCGCACAUCUUUACAGCCGCGUAGUCUAGGGUCUGAGUAUUACUACGACGUCUAUCUUGGUGAAAAGAUGCUUUCUUAUGAUUUUGCCUGGGCUGGGAAGUCACGGAACCGAGGCUUUGCGGCGGAGUUUGAGCGCGCCAAUCUCAACUUGUCUCUUGUCGAAGCUCAGGUGAGCCUGCUCCACAGCUGGAAGUUCUUUGCAGUUGAACACUGCACAGACUUCAUGACCGAACGCGAGGUACAAAAGUCGAUGGCUACAGUCAUCAAGAGUUGCCUGAAAGCAAAUACAAACGGAGUACCACAAGAGGCAAUCUUCGAAAGAAUACAGCAGACCAGAGUCGAUUUUGCACAAACUCUGCUGCAGCGCCUUGUGGAGAAAGGUGCAAAGGGCGCCGAGUUCUUUGGUUUGCUAGGGGUGGUUUGGGAGUCGUUGCGAUCUCGCCGAACCACAUACGAAGACGCAUUGAUAAAUGACGAUUCCGAGUACUACCGAUCGCUUUUGAACAUGCUCUUCCUAUCUCUACAGUUCCAUCUCGAUGGUCCAUCAAGAAAUGCGCCUGCGGCUUUGAGCAAAAAACCAGAACUCUCGUCCGAUCUAGAAAUCGUUGUUGAGAUAGUAAAGGUUGUGGUCGCGCAAGGGUUUAGAUCACUAACAUCUUACCUGCAUGAUCAGCCAGAGAAAUGCACGCCCAAAGACUUUGCAAUUAUCACGGCAAUCCUUCAAAGCUCGUUGCAGGUGAAGAAUGUGGAACGCCUAUAUGAGCACAUCGCAUAUCACAUCGCCGACAAUGACACAGUGCGGCACGCCGCCUCAUUGUUCUCAUGGGCGGACCAACUAGCCGUUGGGGGCGACCCUGUUUACGGAGAGCUUAGUAUCUCUUUCCUUGCUAAGCUAUCAACCAUUCCCAUGCUCGCAGAGCACCUCGCCGUCGAGGUGGUUCUGUCCCAGCUCUCCACCUGCCGUCUAACGAAUGUCCUUCGACAACCCAAGGGAUUUGGCCCAUUCGACCCUAUACCCAGACUCUACUCUAUCUGGUCUGGCGGUAUCCUUCCACUUUGUUUGAACCUUUUAUACCAUGUCAUCCGCACGGCACCAGAGGUUGCGGCCUUCCUCAAUCAGUUUGAAGGACCGCUCACCCGGGCCGCUGAAUCCUUUACUUCCACUCGCAGCACGGGAAUACCCGCCCGUAGAAUCUGCCUAAGCAUGGCGUCGGAAGCUUACUCCCUCGCGCUUAUCUCAUACAUCAUAACCCGCCUCCGCGAAGCCGGACCCAGUAUCGGCGUCGAUACGCAGGCGAUCCAAGAACUCAACUGGGACAAGGCGCAGGUCAAGGAAGAUAUCGAGGAAUUGAUUGAACGCCGAGGGAACCUCCGUGCACGAAUCACCGCGACGAACGACAAGGAGGUUGAACUGGCACGCCAGAAACCUGUCAAUGAGGCAUCCGGCGCUGAGAAUAGGUUGGAGGAGAAGGUUGUGAAGGAGCUCAGGGCCGCUCUAGCUUGUUUGGGAGGGGAUGAGGCGUAA